AUGGGACGUGAGGAGCAAGGAAGGAUUCAGUGCAUGGACGCAGCUCAAGUGGAUACGCUAAGGAAGAAGGAGGAAGCCGCCUUGAAGACCAGCUCGUCCACCUGCUCGACCAUCCAGUCGAGUUCCUCAACUCGACCGGCAAAGUUCAACUCGAUCGAGCUGGGAAGUCAAAUGAGUAGUUACCCAUUAGGGUUUGAGAUGGGAUAG